UAGAGUCCAUCAUUCUACCUUACACAACUUUUUUUCUUAUCCAACUGAGCGAAAAAUAAACUCUAUCAUGGUGCACCCGAGAACAAGGGUAUUUUUUUCGGACAAGGUGGCAGUUUCUAUGGGAACAGACACACAGGCAAGAUGGCGUUCCUUCACUGGAGUUGCCAGGACGUGGCAAAAUGGAUAAGAUCCUUAGGAUAUCCACAUUAUACAGCCUGUUUCAUUGAGAACAUCAUCACAGGUAAAAAGCUGAUUUAUGUAAAUUGCCGCUAUCUGCCAAGAUUAGGAAUCACAGACUUUGAGGAUAUGAAGGCCAUCUCUGCCCAUGUGCGUGAGCUGCUGGGGACCUCAGAGCCACUGUGGAGCCGCAGCAUCGCAGACCCCCCCAGAGACAGCAUGGGCCUGUUCCUGGAGAAGAAGAGCAGGACAGGGGACUGGGCCGACUCCUUCACCUACACACAGUUCCUCGACAGGAAACAGUGAAUGGAAUCUGGCCGUCUGAUAAAAGAAACAUGUGAAUGAAUGAGCUGUCUGUCAGUGUGUUGUUUGUAAGAUAACGUUAGUUGUGAAUGAUGAGACAAUAAUGUUCCAGUCAAUUACAGAUGUUGAGACACUAUGUCAAUAAAGUGUUUUGGAAGGCA